AACGCGGCGCAUGCGCUCAGUACGCCGUGCCGCGAUCAGCCACGAUGGUUGAUAGAAAUGAAAUAGAAAUGUCGCGUGUGCCAAUUCUUGUGAUUCUGGGUGCCACAGGUUCCGGGAAAUCUCGACUAGCUAUCGAACUGGCUCGUCACUUCUCCGGGGAGAUCAUCUCGGCUGACAGCAUGCAGGUGUACAAAAGCCUGGACAUUGUUACCGCGAAGGUAACCACAGCGGAAAGACAGGCAGCACCGCAUCACAUGCUGGACGUCGUCGAUCCGCUGACCAACUUCUCCGUAAUCGACUUCAGGGACAUGGCCUUACCAAUUAUAGACAACUUGCUGGUCAGGAGGAAACUGCCCGUUGUCGUCGGCGGUACAAACUAUUACAUAGAAUCGCUGCUAUGGGAGAUUCUUAUAGCCGAUCCGAAAGGUCCGUCAGUGCAAACCGAUUCAAGCGCGACCAAUCCGAGCGCGUCUAUCGAGAACAGAUCGGAUGAUCGAUAUAAUAUACGAGUCGAACGACAGAACGGCGAUGAUGAUAAUGAAGCGGCGCCGACGAAGAAGUUGAAAUUCGACGCGAGAUUUUGUGAUGAUAGCAACGAGGAACUGCACCGAAGACUAAUGGAGGUCGAUCCGGAGAUGGCGCGCCGAUUGCAUCCUAACAACAGGCGGAAAGUCAUAAGGUCUUUGGAAGUUUUUCAUCAACAUGGAAAAACACAUUCUGAGCUUCUGAAAGCUCAAUGUAACAUCGGUGGCUGCGGAUUAGGUGGACCCCUCAGAUAUUCCAAUUCCAUUAUCCUGUGGCUUCGCUGCAAUAAGAAAGUCCUAGACGACAGACUGGACGACAGGGUCGACGGUAUGCUGGAGGUCGGUUUGCUGCAGGAACUACUCGACUUUCAUCGCAGGUACAACGAACAACGGAUUAAAUCCAACACGUUACCCGAUUACACCAAAGGCAUCUUUCAAAGUAUCGGUUUCAAGGAGUUUCACGCUUACCUCGUACUGUCCGAAGAGGAGCGCGCGAGCGAGAAGGGGAAAAAAUUACUGCAACAAGGAGUCGAUGAUUUAAAACUCGUCACGAGGAGAUACGCUAAAAGGCAAAAUAAAUGGGUGAUGAACAGACUGAUUCGACGUGGCGAUCGACAGGUUCCUCCUGUUUAUUCUUUAGAUUGCACCGACGUGGCGAAAUGGGACAGUCGCGUUCUGGAACCCUCAGUGGCGAUUGUUUCCGCAAUAAUGCGCGGUGAAAAACCCGAACAGCGACCAUUGAAUGAAAAUUUCGAGAACCAAAAAACUACUGACAGCAGCACGAACACAUACCACUAUUGCGAGGUAUGUGAGAAAAUAUUUGUUGAAGAAAAUCAAUGGCAGGCUCAUUUAAAAGGAGGGAAGCACAUGAGAGUCUUGCAAAAGAAGAAAAGAGCAGAGAAAGCACAAGCCCAAGAAAAUCGAUUGACGAAUUCGUGACACGUAUCAAUUUCGCUAUAAAAGUGUGAAUAUUCAUUUUUGCGUUUAUAUCUAGCACGUGAUUAAACUGUCAGAACUGUGAUUAUACUCAAUAACAAUUUACAAAGAAGCAUUUUACACAAAUAAUUAUGAAUGUAAAUAUAUUACACAUGCAAAAAAAUAAACUUAUAUUCUUAAA